GAAAGUAGCGUUGUCAUUGCAUCACUAACAAUAAAUAAACACAAUAAAGACAAACCCAGCGAUAUGAAGACGUCAUCACCGGCACUGAAAUACUUACUGGAGAAGGAUGUGCAGGUCUCGAAGCAUUUUGUGGUUGCCGUGUCCAACCUGUCGUUCUUCAAAUCUCUGAGGAUACACAGUAGAUUUCUCGAGAUAUCCUGCGAUGGGAUCGCCUGGUUCGCAUCGUGGAUUGCCUUCAUAUGGCUGCUCAGCUCGAAAGACUUGUAUCAGAUGCAAGUGAAUAUGCUUUUUGGAUUGGUACUUGAUGUGGUUGUCGUGGCCGUUCUGAAGGCGCUCGUGCGACGACGCAGACCGGUGGCCAGUAAAGAUAUGAUGACAAUAGGUCCCGACAAGUUCAGUUUUCCGUCUGGACACGCCUCCCGAGCGUUCUUCGUGCUUCUGUUCUUUGCAAAGCUGUAUCCCCUUCACAUUGUAUUUCUAAUGCCGAUGACUGCGUGGGCUGUUAGUGUGGCUAUCUCGCGACUUAUCCUGCAACGCCAUUAUGUCUUGGAUAUUUGCGCUGGUGCAGUCAUUGGGAUUUUGGAAGCCUUAGUCAUUGGAUUGUUUUGGAUCAGUGAGAAGUCCGCCUUUGAUAUUGUUGGCUUCCUUUCCUCGGAAAAUGUGGACAGUGCGGCGGAGUAACCAAAAUUUGGCAUUAAUUCGUCAGAAAGCUGUAAUUAAAUUUUAAAAUACUAAUUGAAUUGUGCUCUGUACCAAAUACAUUGUUGAUAUUAUACGCAUAAUUAUUAA